GCGAUGGUCCCUGUCGGCUUUGGGCCUUGGGGUAUAACCAAGUAACUGUACAAACCGUACCACAAAUGGCGCACCCAGUUCCCAAUCCCCGAAACCCAAACCCACGCCCUUGCCGCUCGUUCCAACAAUGGCGGUCGCGUGGAGGCCAGCGUUGCCUCUGAUCACGAUCUUGGCUCUGAUCGUUUACGAAGAGCGGGUCUCGAUUCCUUCCUGCAAAAUCGUGCUGGGCGCCGCUGAUCUCAGUCAACCAGCCACUGAAUUUGUAGAGGACCCGGAAGACUUGAAGGUGAUGAUGGUCGCCAAUUUGCUCUUGUUAGGUUCCGAAGCUGGCUUUGUUGAGUUAUAUUUCAGAGACUAUUACAUGACCAAAUUCUUUCGGAAAUCUUUCGAAAUUUUGAAUCCUGAUAUGCUGCUAGUCUUGGGAGACAUUUCUGCGAAAGGUUCAGAGUUGACGAGGGCUAAAUGGGUAUCUGUGCUUCAUCAGUUUCACGGACUGUUGGGCCCAUUUCUUGGACUUCCUUAUCAUGUUAUUCUCGGCGACAGGGACAUUGGACAAUGCAGCAGUUUGAAUGUGAAAUCAGUCAAUUGGGUUGCUAGCAACUUCCCAGGAUUGGACUGGGCCGGUUGUGGUGCCUUUGAAAUCAGUAACAUAAGCUUCGUCUCGCUUAAUUCUGUGUCUUUACUUUGUGGCAUUAAUAAUCUACGGUUUGGAGUUGAGAGAGUAGUAGAGAGAGAAAGUGUGGAAUUACAAAUGGAAGCUGAAGACGCUACUGAACCAGUGAAUGAGUAUAGUGAAAUCAGAGAGAUAAACCAUAACUUCGGCUGGAAAGCAAAUACUAUUUCAUCUGGAUCUGGUCCUGUUCUUCUACUUCACUUUCCUUUACACAGGACAGCAGAUGGCAGCUGCAGUGCGGUUGACUCUUUUGGGAAAAGUCUGAAACUUUCACGAGAGAGUUCGAAUGCGCCGGAUGGCAGGGGACUUGUUGGGAUUGGGCCAUACAAGUUAUUGCACACUCUCCCACCAAAUGUUACCGAAUACAUUUUUCAGGCCCUUAAACCAAGGAUUGUUUUCAGUGCACACACCCAUGGAUUUUGUGAUCAUCUUCACCCAGAUGGAACCCGUGAGGUGACUGUUCCGGCCAUGACAUGGAAUUCAGGGGAUGACCCUGGAUUUGUUGUUGCCACUUUCCACAGAAACAGGAAGGCAGUGAGUGUGAGCUAUUGCUCUCUUGCUAGAGAAUCUCAUGUCAUUGUAGCUUAUAUAUCUUUCACAGUUGUGUUUGUAUUAACAAUGCUCAUUGCUAAACCUCCCCUUUUGAGAUGUUUAAGAAGAUGAUGAUUUAAUACGCUGUGUUGUACAUUAUUGUCUUUAUAAAUUUCUUGUAUUUGUACUCUUUAUUUUUAAAUAAAAUAUUUUUUUCAUUUGUUAAA